CCUUAAACCAAAACCCAAAAAAGAGAGACCAGACAAAACAAAAACAAAAACACAAAACCACUCCUCCACCAUUAAAAAUUAAAAAGAGAAGUAAUAGUCUCACGCACCCUCUCUUAAGCGAUGUCAUCGGAAGAGAACGAAUCGACACCGUCUCAGGCGACGGUAGAAACGACGGCGACUUCACCGACGAAGAUAAAAGAGUAUCCAGAACCAUUGGAUUCACAUGAAGUCGUUGUUAAAGAUUCUUCUCGCUUCUGGGAUACUCUCAGGCGGUUUCACUCCAUUAUGACCACUAAAUUCAUGAUUCCUGUGAUUGGUGGAAAAGAACUGGAUUUGCAUGUUUUGUAUGUGGAAGUCACGAGGAGGGGAGGUUACGAAAAGGUAGUAGCAGAGAAAAAAUGGAGGGAAGUUGGAGGAGUGUUUAGAUUCUCUGCGACCACAACAAGUGCUUCGUUUGUCUUAAGGAAACAUUACCUUAAUCUUCUCUUCCAUUACGAACAAGUUCAUCUCUUCAAUGCUCGUGGUCCUCUUCUUCAUCCCACAGCUACAUUUCAUGCCAAGGAUCCUUCAACGAACAAAGAACUGGCUCUAGUCGAGUAUACUCCUCCGAGUAUAAGAUAUCAUAAUUCUCUUCCUCCUCCUUCUCAAGGUUCAUCGAGUUUCACAGCCAUUGGUACAAUAGAAGGCAAAUUCGACUGUGGUUAUCUUGUCAAAGUAAAGUUGGGCUCAGAGAUUCUUAACGGCGUGCUUUACCACCCGGCCCAGCCUGGCCCAUCAUCAUCACCACCAACCACUGUACUCAACGGUGCCGUUGCGCCUUAUGCUGAUACCGGGAGUAGACGACGUCGUUCAGGAAAAAGACGAAGAAGCAGACGCAGAGAAGACCCGAAUUACCCAAAACCCAACCGGAGCGGUUACAAUUUCUUCUUUGCUGAGAAACAUUGCAAGCUCAAGUCUCUUUAUCCAAACAAGGAGAGAGAGUUCACGAAGAUUAUUGGCGAAUCGUGGAGCAAUCUCUCUACCGAGGAACGAACGGUUUAUCAGAACAUUGGGUUAAAGGACAAGGAGAGGUACCAAAGGGAGCUGAAUGAGUACAGAGAGAUGUUGAGACUCAGGGAUGGUGACAAGACAAACGGCAAGGUUUGCUAAAUGAUUUACUCUAAAAACAGCGAAGUUAAUUUGUUGUGCGCCGUUUCUCUCUUAUAAGAUCGGACGCCUCUCCGUUUUUUCUUUUUCUUUCUAACUUGUUAUCGUUUUAUCGUAAUUGUCCUCCUAAUUGUCCAUUGCUAAACUUAGGCCCAGUAAGUAAGGCUUGACUUACUUGACAAGAUUAGCCGUGCCCGUGCGUUUGGAUUUAUUUUAUCGGACAGUUCCUUGAGAAAGUCAGUCCUUAGAUAUAUUCUGAUUUUUUUUUUGGUCAGCUGUUUCUGAAUCUUAGAUGGAUUUCUUUUCUUA